CACUCCCUGGCGAAAUCUGAGAUCUUUCAGCAUUAAAGGUUCAAAUCCGGUCGUAGCGCAGAAACAUCUAGUUUACAGCUGCAACGACUUUAAAACGUGGAGUCCACAAAGUAGGACAGAAAUACAAGAAUCUCGACUCUGAAAAACGGGAGAAAACUUUUACCUGGAGGUCCUUGAACUACACACAUCCGUCAGCUGCUUAUCAUGGGUGACAUCGAGAAAGGCAAGAAGGCGUUUAAGCAGAAAUGUUCAGCCUGUCACACAGUGGAGGAGGGGGGCAAACACAAAGUGGGACCCAACCUGUGGGGUCUGUUUGGGAGGAAGACGGGACAGGCAUCUGGUUACUCCUACACGCAGGCCAACGUAGAAAAAGGUAUCAUUUGGAAUGAAGAAACUCUGGACGUCUACCUUACAAAUCCAAAGAAGUACAUUCCUGGAACAAAGAUGAUCUUCGCUGGGCUGAAAAAGAAGAAGGACAGGCAAAAUAUGAUCGCUUAUUUAAAGGAUGCCACCUCCUAAUGCAGUCACGACACAGCACACACAUACACCAUUGUGGACAUAAGCAUUAUACUGGACACUUAGGACAGAGCACAGCCUGUUCUUUGUUUUAAGUGUGAGUCAUGAUUUGCAAUAGAUUUUUAAUUUAGCAUCACUACAUUGUGUUACUUUGGAGCACCGUUGCCUCAGUGUUUCUGUGUGUGGGAGACUGUUUUUAAUUAUCACAUGAGUCAGCGUUCAUGUUACAGAGCUUCUUAAAGGGCCCGCUUUCUUUCUGGAGUUGUUUACUUAAAAAUAAGACUACUGCAUGCACAGAAACAACACAUGUUGCCACUUUAUCUUCUAUCAUUUAUUUUCAAGAUAUAUUUUUCUACUUUUUUCUAUGCCUUCCAAAAGUUUUUGUUUUUCUGUGGUUGUUUUAUUAUCGUGUCAAUACGGGUGGACUUUAUAUGUGUGUCUGACCUUUUUUCUUCUUUUUUUUUCUAAGCUACAGGGUGUUUUUACUUUUGCUGUUUUGUACUUAAGCUGCACUUUAAAAAAAAAGAUAAUUGGUUUCAUGAAUUUUCAUGUGGUUUUGACUUAAGGACAGUGUAUCCAAAUGGAUUAGUAAGGAUUAUGGCAAGUUACUUAACUUAUAAAUGCAGUAUGUGAUGUUAUACAUACUGCAUAAUGCCAAGUGUUUUCUAUUUUAUCCUUUUUAUUACUGAGUGACUAUUUAAUACCAUUGUUUUUUCUUAACAGUUCUUUGACCUUGAAUUGAGAAAACAGACGUGGCAACAAACCCUUCCUUUCUAACAUUAAAAUAGUUUCAUUGUGAUUUUAUAGUUUCCUUCCCCUUUGUUAUGACAGAUUCACUUUUGUCUGCAUUCAUUUUGUAUCAUGGUAUUUAUGAGUUAAAAUAAUGUUAGAGAUUUUUGUAAGGUUAGAAUCAAAAGACUGAGUUUUUUUGGUGGAAAAAUGGUGGUAAAAAUCUAAGGAAGCAGUGUCUGAUGUGUUGUGCGGGAAGGGGAAUGGGUAAGAUGAGCAUCAAAUACCAGGAAAUAAACCGUGAAAGAGGCCAGGGGGAAGCUUAUCCAGUUGAGGCUAAAACACAGGUUUUAUUUCACAAGUAAUGUUCCACAACUUUUAGGAAUAAAACUAAGAGAAGUGCACAGAUUUAACAGUACUUAGUGGCUCUACAAAAUCUAUACAACCAUGUUAAAAUGCCACAGUUUUCAUGGUGUA